AUGACUAGUCUUGAAAUGUCAGGAAUUAUUAAUUGCCUAAGGUCACUCAGUACCGAUUCCAAUGUCUCUCUUGCCCGAAAGCUUGGAGCUGAGUUUGUAGGGACCUUCAUAUUGGUGUUCUCGGCCACCGGAGGGCCAAUCUUAAACGAAAAGUACAAUGGAGUGGAAACAUUGAUGGGCAACGCGGCCUGCGCAGGGCUGGCGGUGAUGGUGGUGGUCUUCUCCAUAGGCCACAUCUCCGGCGCACACAUAAACCCAGCGGUGACCAUCGCCUUCGCCGCGCUGAGACACUUCCCUUGGGCCCAUGUUCCGGGCUACAUAACAGUCCAGGUUUUGGGUUCCAUUUCAGCCUCUUUCGCUCUCAAGGCUGUGUUUCAUCCCUUCAUGUCCGGUGGAGUUACGGUGCCUAGCCCUGGAGUCAGCCAUGCCCAAGUUUUCAUGCUUGAGUUCAUCCUCACCUUCUUCCUCAUGUUUAUCAUCACUGCUGUGGCCACAGACACUUGCGCGGUUGGAGAGUUAGCAGGUAUAGCGAUUGGAGCUACAAUUCUACUGGAUGUACUUCUUGCAGGGCCAACAACGGGUGCAUCGAUGAAUCCUGUAAGGACAAUAGGGCCAGCAAUAGCAAGAGGAAAUUACAGAGGAAUAUGGAUGUAUAUGGUGGCUCCACCUCUUGGGGCCAUUGUUGGGGCUGCUACCUACACUGCCGUUAAACUCCACGAUAAACCACCAAUUCAGUGUUCUUCUCUCUUCGUUUUUCUCUUCUCUGUUUUUGUUGUGUCUUCUAACAAGAGCAAGGCAUUGGCCCAAGAGUCUAGGGAUGCCCAGCUGAGGCUGGCAGAUGAGCUCAAGGUUGCCCAGCAGGAGAUAGCGUCUCGGGACAUAGCCCUCCGGAAUAUGUCAAAGCUCGAGGCGACGCUGACAAUGACCAUGAAAGAGGUCGAGAACAAGAAUUCCGAGCUUAAGGCCCUCCGAGAACAGAACACCAAGUUUGAGGAAGAAAAGGUAGCCACUUUCGAUAUCUUCGAAGGUGAGAAGGCUCGCCUUUUGGAGGAGUUCAAGGCUAAGAAGGAUCAUGCCGUUGAUAUGGUGAUGUAUCGGAUUUGGGUGAACAACCUUCCUAGACACCUUGGAGGCCAAGUUCAUCGAUAG